AUGAGGCUUACCAACAGUAGUUGGUUUCAGCCACCUAUGUUUCUGCUAACAGGGAUCCCUGGACUGCAGGCUGUACAAAUAUGGAUCUCUAUUCCACUGUGUGUCAUGUACCUAAUUGCUCUCCUGGGGAACAGCACCAUUGUCUUCAUUAUCAAAACCACCACCAGCCUUCAUGAGCCUCAAUACAUAUUCCUGUCUAUGCUGGCGGCUACCGAUGUGGGUCUGUCUUUGUCAACUAUGCCUACAGUACUCAAUGUCUUCCUCCUGAAUCACAGGGAGAUUGAGUUCCAUUCUUGUCUGGCACAAAUGUUCUUCAUCCAUACCUUUUCUUCCAUGGAGUCAGCCAUCUUGCUUGCCAUGGCCUUUGACCGGUUUGUGGCUAUUCAUAACCCAUUGCACUACACUGUGAUUUUAACGCCUCCUCGGAUUAUUGGGAUGGGGCUUGCAGCUGUGCUCAGGGGUGUGUUUUUGAUGGUACCCUUACCAAUCCUGCUCAAGCGUUUGCCCUUUUGCAAAGAUGUUAUUCUAUCCCACUGUUAUUGCUACCACCCUGAUGUCAUGAAACUGGCCUGUGGCUCUGUUAGAGUCAACAUUAUUUAUGGAUUGUCCCUUGUCCUUUGCUCCUUUGGAAUUGACUCUGUGUUCAUUCUCAUUUCAUAUAUCUUGAUUUUGAGAACAGUCCUGGGGAUUGUCUCAGAGAAUGAUCAGCUCAAAGCACUAAACACUUGUGUUUCUCACAUCUUCACUGUCAUCAUCUUUUAUGUGCCUCUCAUUGUGCUGGCCCUAAUUCAUAGGUUUGGUACAUUCACAUCCCCUCUUCUCCAUGUCACUAUGGCCAAUCUCUUUCUCUUCCUGACUCCUGUCCUUAACCCACUGGUAUAUAGCCUAAAAACCAAGGAGAUAAGGUCAUCAGUAAAUAAGAUAUUCAAGGGCAGAGGAAAUUUGCUCACCUAG